UAGAAAGUAGAGGAGUCGGGGAGAGCUUCCCGGAGGAGAAGGAGGAGGAGGUGGCGGCGGCUCCAGGGAAGCCCAGGAACAGCCCUGCGCUCUGCGCCCCCAGCAACCCGGAUCCCGGCGCCGCACGUGCACCGCUGUGCGCGCGCCGCUGUCAAUCAAGCGCGGGGUCCAGGACCCGGGGCUGCAGGUGGGGGAGGUUUAAAGGCGGCGGCGGGCGGGGCUCCCAUGAUGCCGCGCGGCAGGCGGGUUUGGAUUUUAAAUCCCCGCGGCCAAUCGCGACCCAGCAGCCUCCAGUAACGUUCCCGGCGGCCGAGUUUGAAUUCGGGGAGGAGCCGAGCGAGCUAGCGAGCCCGGAGCGACCCAGGGCAGGACCCAGACCCCCGGCCGGCAGCAGCGCCCCCCCUCCCUCCAGCGAACAUGAGUGCGGCCCCCACCGCAGGGAAGCUGGCGCGGGCCCCCGCAGAGCCCGGUAAAGUCGGGGUCCCCGGUGCGGCGGGGCCCCCCGGAGCCUCGGCCGCCGCCACCGCAGCCCCGCCGGCCAAGGAGAUCCCCGAGGUCCUGGUGGACCCGCGCAGCCGGCGGCGCUACCUGCGGGGCCGCUUCCUGGGCAAGGGCGGCUUUGCCAAGUGCUUCGAGAUCUCGGACGCCGACAGCAAGGAGGUGUUCGCGGGCAAGAUCGUGCCCAAGUCGUUGCUGCUCAAGCCGCACCAGAAGGAGAAGAUGUCCAUGGAGAUCUCCAUCCACCGCAGCCUCGCCCACCAGCACGUCGUCGGCUUCCACGGCUUCUUCGAGGACAACGACUUCGUGUUCGUGAUCCUGGAGCUCUGCCGCCGCAGGUCUCUUCUGGAGCUGCACAAGCGCAGGAAAGCCCUGACCGAGCCUGAGGCGCGCUACUACCUGCGGCAGAUCGUCCUGGGCUGCCAGUACCUGCACCGCAACCGGGUGAUCCACCGCGACCUCAAGCUGGGUAACCUCUUCCUGAACGAGGACCUGGAGGUGAAAAUAGGGGAUUUUGGACUGGCAACCAAAGUCGAAUAUGAUGGGGAACGCAAAAAGACCCUGUGCGGGACCCCCAACUACAUAGCUCCUGAGGUGCUGAGCAAGAAAGGACACAGUUUUGAGGUGGACGUGUGGUCCAUCGGCUGCAUCAUGUACACGCUGUUAGUGGGCAAGCCACCCUUCGAGACCUCUUGCCUAAAAGAGACCUAUCUCCGGAUCAAGAAGAAUGAAUACAGUAUUCCCAAGCACAUCAACCCCGUGGCCGCCUCCCUCAUCCAGAAGAUGCUGCAGACGGACCCCAAUGCCCGCCCCACCGUUCACGAGCUGCUUAACGAUGACUUCUUCACUUCCGGCUACAUCCCCACCCGCCUCCCCAUCACGUGCCUCACUAUUCCGCCCAGGUUUUCCAUUGCUCCCAGCAGUCUGGACCCCAGCAACCGGAAACCGCUCACAGUCCUCAAUAAAGGCACAGAGAACCCAGUGCCCGAGCGUCCCCGGGAGAAAGAGGAGCCCGUGGUCCGGGAGAACAGCGAGGCCGUUGACUGCCACCUGGGGGACAUGCUGCAGCAGCUACAGAGUGUCAACGCCUCCAAGCCCUCUGAGCGGGGCCUGGUGAGGCAAGAGGAAGCUGAGGACCCUGCGUGCAUCCCCAUCUUCUGGGUCAGCAAGUGGGUGGACUAUUCUGACAAGUACGGCCUUGGCUACCAGCUGUGUGACAACAGCGUGGGGGUGCUCUUCAACGACUCCACCCGCCUCAUCCUGUACAAUGACGGCGACAGCCUGCAGUACAUCGAGCGGGAUGGCACCGAGUCCUACCUCUCCGUCAACUCCCACCCCGGCUCGCUGACCAAGAAGAUCACCCUCCUCAAGUACUUCAGCAACUACAUGAGCGAGCACCUGCUGAAGGCGGGCGCCAACAUCACGCCGCGGGAAGGCGACGAGCUGGCGCGACUGCCCUACCUGCGCACCUGGUUCCGCACGCGCAGCGCCAUCAUCCUGCACCUCAGCAACGGCUGCGUGCAGAUCAACUUCUUCCAGGACCACACCAAGCUCAUCCUGUGUCCCCUGAUGGCGGCCGUGACCUACAUCGAUGAGAAGCGGGACUUCCGCACGUACCGCCUGAGCCUCCUGGAAGAAUUCGGCUGCUCCAAGGAGCUGGCCAGCCGCCUGCGCUACGCCCGCACCAUGGUGGACAAGCUGCUCAGCUCCCGCUCGGCCUCCAACCGCCUCAAGGCGUCCUCCUAGCCCCGUCUGGCCCUCCUGCGGGCCCCCAUUGCCGUCUGUGUAUUAUGCCCCCGCCCCCUGCCCUGGUUGGGGGGGUGGUGGCUGGGCCAGAGAACUUCAUCCGGGCAGGAAAACCGUGUAAGUCACUGUAAGUUAUUUUUGUACAUGAUCCGGUGCGGGUUGCGUGGCCUCUCUCUCCCUCUCCUCUCAACCCCGCCUGAUGAACUGUACAGAAUGUUGUUGUUGAACUCGGGACUGUCCUCCCCUCACCUUUAUACGCAUUAAAACACACGAAAAUCUUC